AUGCCUCCGAAAUCUCAGCGCAGCCGCGCCUGCUCGCAGUGCCGCACCCGCCGCGUCAAGUGCGACGAGACGCCAGAGACAUGCAACCAGUGCCGCCGCCUGGGCCUGCCAUGCUCGGGCCCGCUGCAGGGCUCCAUCGUCAUCGACAUGACGGAGCGCGUGCUGAAGCCCCGGGGCCGCAAGAAGAAGGAGACGGCCAGAGCAGCGCCGCCAGCAAAGAGAGGCGCGGAUGCUGCUGUGUCGGAUGCGCUAAACAAGACGAUUGCGCCUCUCCAUGCCAUGGUCGACAACGCCAUCUUCUCCACCGAGCCCCAGAACCCCGACGAGGUGGCCAAGGCCGUGACCGCCAUCCGCUACCACUACAGGCCCCCUACCUUUAGCCAGCCGUCGAGAGCCCUGCCAGAGGCCCUCGACAACGCCUUUCUGGCCCAUUAUGUCGCGCUGAACAAGGGUACCGGCUCGUAUGCGCCCGAGAUCCAGUGGCUUGCCCACCUGCCAAGCAUCUAUCGCAAGGCCAACAAGCCCGCCGUCCGGCUCUCCCUCCGCGCAGCAGCCAUGGCAUUCUACGGCAAACACCACCAGGACUCGAGCAUCAUCGUCGACUCGUGGAGAUGGUACACGGUCGCCCUGGGCGCCCAGCGAGCCUCGAUAGCACACAUGAAGAAGAACGACAUACCCGACGAGGAAGAAGUCUUGGUGCCUUUGAUUCUGGCUCUCUACGAGCUCUAUGUCGGCGCGACCGCCACCGGCUCCUCGGCCCACUUGAAUGCUGCCAGCGAAAUGAUGAAGAUGCGAGGGCCAAGCAACUGCAAGUCCAGCACCAUCUGGCCUCUCUUCAAAGGCAUACGCAAUCAAGAAGGGCACAGGGCAGUUGUCUUCAACAGGAAAUCGGUCUAUUCCACCCCGGACUGGCUGACCAUCCCAUUCAUCGACAUGCCCAAAGAUGAGCACCAACGCCUUGCUGAUAUUGAGCUCAUGAUUCCCCACUGCACCGCUUACCUAGGCACCCAAGGCUCGUUGCGCGUCGUGCUUGACACCCCGAUACGACCUGGCGUGGAUGUUACCCCCGGUAAAGAGCUUACAUGCAAAUUGAUUGACGAUCUUCACAAGUGGGCCACAGACUAUCCGCAUCUAACCAAACCCUUUAGCCUUCCUGCCAAGCCUGCCAAUCGAGGGCCUUUGUCAAGACCAACCAAAGAGAAGCGGCCAAAGUCGCAGCCGCCCAGUGUGGAUAUGGCUCUUAUUGGUUCAUACUAUAUGACAAUUCGAUUGGUGCUCAACAUGCUCAUGUACAAGAUGCAAACCGAGUCUAACGCUCCACGCGCGCCCUACGAAGGCAGCACUGAGCACUAUCUCUCUGUAGCGCACCAAGUGUCUCACGACAUACUCAAGGCCGCAUCCGAUCUUGAGAGAGCAAAAACCGGUGGGUUUGACCUUUUGCGCAGCAUUACCCCGGUAGUAACUGCCAGUGUGGCUGCUCCGACAAUAGAAUUGAAGCAAGAGGCAAAGGCAACGAUAAUCAGAUGGGCAAGCAAGGUCAGCGGCCUUACUUCAGUCUUGGAACGCCUAUGA